AUGGAUUUGGGCGGAACUUCAGAUCCCUAUGUAAAGCUGUAUUUGCUACCUGAGAAGAAAAAAAAGUUCCAAACUAAGGUGCAACGAAAGUCAUUAAAUCCUGUUUUUAACGAGACAUUUACAUUUAAAGUGCCAUUUAGCGAUAUUGGAGGUCAAACUCUUGUACUGGACGUCUUUGACUUUGAUCGUUUCGGAAAACAUGAUCAGAUUGGCCAAAUAUCAAUACCUCUUGGAAAGGUCGAUUUGGCAACAACAAUACAAAGAAAUGAUCUUAUUGAAUCACCUCCUGAGAAUAGACUUGGUGAAGUAUGUCUGGCUUUACGAUAUGUUCCAAACAAGAACAAACUUACAGUGGUAGUCAUGGAGUGUAAAAAUCUGAAGAAAAUGGACGUCCUUGGCCUGUCUGAUCCUUACGUUAAAAUUUAUUUGAUGAUGCAAAACAAGCGUCUAGAGAAAAAGAAAACGACAAUCAAAAUGAAGACUCUGAAUCCUUACUACAAUGAAUCCUUUAGUUUUGAAGUUACUCCAGAAAAAAUGCAGAGAGUACAUUUACAAAUAACUGUAUCCGAUUACGACCGACUUGGCUCCAACGAACGGAUCGGUCACGUCAUCAUCGGCAGUAACGCAACUGGUGCAGCCCUGAAACAGUGGCAGGAUAUGUUGGCGACCCCACGCCGCUCGAUGAGGGACUUUAUUGCAAUAAUUUCUUUUAUUCCUUUAUUAAAUGGAGCAAAAUUUAAAUUUUUACCUUCAAAUUCAAUGAAUCUUGCGUCAAGCUGGGGAAGUUCAAGCAUGCCAUGCCAAGAAGACAGGGUACGGUUUGAUCGAGAUAGUGAGGUCGUUACAGUACUCAGCGGUUCAAUAUUGACCUCAGAAUUCUAUCUACCUGAUGAUGGAAUUAUCUAUUUUGACAAAAAGUCCCAACUGGGUGUAGGCGAUAGCUGGCAAUGCGAUAAAAGAGAUGAUCCUGAAGGUGAGUUUAGCCAAAAUUAG